UAAAGACAUGAUCUUAUUAUAUAAAAGAAGGAAAUUGUUUAAGAAGAAAGGAGAAUAAGUAAGAAAUGGCGAGCGGACAGAAUGAGGAUUUCAGUGUGAAGGCCGGCCAAAUCGUGGGCCAAGCUCAAGUGAAGAGAGAAGAUUGCAAAGUGGACAACACCAACUCUUCUCAAGCAUCAGGCUUUUUCCAGCAGAAAGGGGAGAAAGUGAAGAGCAUGGCGCAAGGAGCAUCAGAGGCAGUGAAGAACACAAUGGGGAUGAGCAAUGACAACAGCAACGAAUAUAAGAAAAAGAACCCUUUGGACAGGAAGAACCCUAACAACACAACCUGUCCAAGCAUGCCUGGUCAUCCUCCUUCCGAUAUUUAACCAUUUCCACAAAUAUCAUCCUCGUGUCUUUAA